AUGACGAGUGCUGCACCUGCCCGGAAACCUUACCGAAAGGCACCUCCGCAGCACCGCGAGACGCGUCACACUGUGCCAGUAUUUCGAGAGGAUGUUAGCGGGAGUGCCUUGCCAUCCGCCAACCCUGCAACGUCAGCCCAGCCUGACCCCUGCCAGGUAAUUUUCCCCCGAAAUCAUGCACCUGUUUUGCAGCGUACACGGUUUACAGGCCCUCAUCCGCAGAGUCCUGAGAGAUCUUCAUGGUCGCAAGCAUCCGACAGCGAACUGGAAGUCUCAAGCCUUUCUAGCCUAGAACUCAGUGUUCUCCCUCCACCACGGAUCUUCAGCCACAGUUCUCUUGUUAUGAGACUUCCUCCCAAGCAUCUUCGACAACAAAAAAUGAACCGUUUCAUCAGUCAUAGUGAUGACCUGCUGGUGUUUUCUGCUGAUGAUGAUCUUGCCUCCUCGAGCAGUUCCCAGCAGUGCAUCCGAGGCAGCUCUCCAUCACAUUCCAGCAGAAGUGCGGAGCGUUCCCUGGUCUUCAAAGAGAAAGCUGAAAUACUUGUUCCGAGAGAAGAGAAGCGUCCACCGCUUCCGGCAUCUCAGAUGCAUGUCCAUCCACCCAAGGGCAUUCUUAAGCAGUCUCACCAGUUGGGAGUUUGCCUUUCUGACAGUCUGCGCAAGUCUAAGUCGGCAGAAAUGUUAGACAAGGCACAAAGUCGUGGAAGAAGCAGGAAGCCCAAAAGCAUGUCCUUGGACAGGGAGAAGGGGGUACGAGUCUCUCCCAUGGGACAUGGAACUUCCACAUCAUCUAUAUCUCCAAGCUCCAUGCUACCAGACUGGAAAAUGCAGCGGCUUGAGGAAAAGGUGAAAUUUUCACAGUUUGUAGAUGAAAUCACCUACCGGGUCCUAAGCCCUGCCAAUCUAAAGAUGUUGCGCGGGAACCUUCCAAGGUCCACACAGACCAAGCAGCACAAUCCUCAACAGUAUGAAUUCAAAGACCAUCAUGAGAAAAAACAAGAAAGGUGCAGACCUUGGGAUGAGUGGGCCACUCAGCAUAGCAGAACAAGCAGACAAUCAAAGGAAGGAAGACCCAAGACAUGGCACAUCCCGGGUGAUAGUCCAGAGAGAGUGCCAGAAAAGCAGCAUGUUGAUCCCCAUCGGGAAGGAGCCCGACCUAAAGCUGAAGGCCCAAUUUACAGUCGGGUGGGGGGCAGCGAUGAUUCCGAAUGGGAUGACAGGACUCCACUGGGGGAUCAGCUCCAGGUUCCCCAUAUAGAGAACCGAACCCUGCAGAAGGACAGUGUAGACAAAUCAGGGUUGCCAAAGGGUGAGAUUCCCACUAUUCGUGUGGAGAGUGAGAAAACGUCUUUAUCACAAGUGACUGCCUUUACUAUAUUAUCACAAAUCAAGGAGUCCUUAUCAGAUGCCGACAGGAUCAAAAUCCUGCAGCAGCAAAAUGAAGACCUCCGGCGCCGACUGUCCCAGACCACACAUAAGAUGGAGGCCAUGGAGACGGAGUUCGAAACCAGUCGACAUUACAUGCAGGCGGAGCUUGGUCGAACUAGAGACGACCUGGAGAAAAUGAGAGACAAGUUUAGAAGACUUCAGAACAGCUACACGGCAUCUCAGAGAGCUAAUCAAGACCUGGAGGAGAAACUUCACGCCCUGGCUGCCAUCAGUCAAACUUGGGUCUAUGCACUCCGUAAAGUGGAAAGAGACAAGAAAACUAUGGAUCAAGAGAUAGUGGAGCUCACCAAUAAACUUGUGGACGCCAAAAAUACCAUCGACAAGCUGGAGGAGCUGAACGAACGCUAUCGACAGGAUUGCAAUCUGGCCGUGCAGCUGUUGAAGUGCAAUAAAUCGCAUUUCAGGAACCACAAGUUUGCUGAUUUGCCAUAUGAGCUACAGGACAUGGUGAACAAGCAUAUGAAGAGCAGCUUGCCCAACAAGACUCAGGGAGCUCAAGCCCAGGAUCCUGACACUCUAAGCCUGACUCCUGCAGAUGUAGUGCCCACUUCGGUCAUUGCUCGUGUUCUUGAGAAACCCGAGCCCCUGGUGCUCAACUCGGCUCAGUCUAGCAGCAGUGCAGGUCGGCCUGUGGCUGAGGAUGUCUUUGUACACGUGGACAUGACGGGACCACAAGAUGAUGAUGGAGGGCGGGAAAAUGGUGGUCCUGUUCCUGCUAGGCCUCCUGCGGUAGCUGAUACUGACCAGCAGCAUGUCAAUGGCAUGUGUCGAAGCCAGGGCAGCCUUGAUGGUCCUACAGGAGAUGAUGGUGCAGCUCCCUCUUUCGAGAAGCUGAAUCCUUACCCUACUCCUUCACCACCAAACCCGCUCUACCCAGGUCGCAAAGUGAUUGAGUUUUCUUCUGAUGAUAAAGUCAAGAUCCCCAAGAACAGCCCACUGCCCAAUUGCACCUACGCUACUCGUCAGGCUAUUUCUUUGAGUCUUGUGCAGAAUGAAGAAGAGGCAGCCGAGCGCCAGCGCACAGUGCCUAAUAGCCCUGCCAUAUCUGAUGGGGGUUGGCGAUCUGGAACCUCCUCAUCUUCCGGUGGAGGGAUUGCUUCUCACCAGAGGACACCUCCACAGAUGGAUGCUACAGACACACUCUCCAGUCAUUCAAGUCCCUUUAGCAGCCCCCCUCAGCCGCCCAGCGCCUUUGCCAGUUCUGGAAGCUCCGAGGAGGACCUUCUAGCCAGCUGGCAGCGCAUGUUUGUUGAAAAAAUGGCACCUUCUUCAGAUGGCUCCCUUGUCAACCGCACAUCCUUCAGCAGUGAGACGGUAAAAGAUCUCCAAAGAAGUCAUAAUGGAAAAUCAGGAGUUGGUGCUCUGAGAGGUGCUUACUCUGAUGGUGAGGAGGGAUCCUCGGCUCAGAGCUGGACAGCAAGUAGAGAGUCAAGUUUGGACACAGACACCAGCAGCAUGGCAGACCUUCGGGCAAAGAAGACACAAUAUGGUGGCGACUUUUCCCAUGAAGAAGGUGAACACCUUCUGAUGGCUCUGGAUCCACUUGAUAAUGAUGGUGCUAGCGGUGACACUAUGGUCACCAUUGAGAGUAGUCCUGCCUCUGCGAAGCGUCAAGAGUUUGCAGAAGAUGUUGGAUCGGCGGGAAGUUCAGCAGAAGAGCGAGAUGUCCUUCCCCAGGACUUUCCUGUCAUUGGCUCAAGGGUUCUUUCUUCCCUUGAGGAUUAUGCAGAUAAGCCCCCUCGGACUGGCUCCUCGCGACCUCUGAAGAGUCCCAAGAGGAUGGGGGUUCAUCACUUGCACCGCAAAGACAGCCUUACCAGAGCCCAGGAGCAUGGCAACUUGCUAGACUGAGACUUCCAGACUUGUUUUUCUCCUUUUUUUUCUUUUUCAUUUUAACCUCGAGUGCUCUUCGUCUUACUAGCAAUCACUAGUCAUAGCAGCACACAACAAGUGGAAGGCAUGGGAUCAGGCUCGAUGCGGUUAUCCCAGAGUAUGCUGCUGUUGCUACUCUUCUGUCCUCUUUUUAAGGCACGGAGCACUCUUUAUCUCUGGAACCGACAGUAUUGAUGGGAUCCACGGAGAGGUACCGGCUGCACCUUCUCUUAGUCCGGCUAUUUUGAGUGGACAGUGCUUCAGGGAUAAUACAAGAAUGUCAUAGCCUGUAUUAAGGUGGAUUUCACCAGUUCAAGCCUUGCUUCUGCUUGAUGCGCAGUGAUUGAGUGGGCGACAGCAGUACACAGCCAUACAAUCACACCUCCGCAAGAGGAAGAGUUCUUCAGAGGCGACAAGAUUGAGCAGCAUUAAAUGUGAUCUUCGUGGCACUGUGCGGACAUGGAACUUUUCAAAUAAUGGAUGUUUUGACAUUCACUUUUGCCCUCGGGUGAGAGUUGUCUACCCAGAUAAUGAAAUCUAUUCAGUAUCCCAGUACAAGCCCCUUGUUUCGGGAGAUUGGGAUGGCACUGACGGUCACAGCUUCACAGAUACCACUGUGUCAGGCAUUCUGCUGAUUGAAGCAGGUUAAAUGUAAUCUAUGGGACUCUCUUGUCAAUUUUCAGUGCCUAACCCUUGCUCUGACAGAGGGGGCUCUCCAUCACCCUUUAAAUGAACAUCCUAUACCUUUAGUCAGCUUUUAGUCAUCACAAACCUAGAGGAUCCUUCACCUCAGAUGUUCAGUUGUCUCUCUUUAUUUCCUCACCCAAACCUAAGGACAGCUUUUUGUACAAUCUUAAACCAUUCAUGAAAGGAUUUUAAUUUUGAUGUAUUCAAUAUGUUUUAAUGAUCAAGUACUCGGAGAUACUUCCUGAUUUCAUUCUGUUUCGUUUGACUAAUGAUAUUUAAGACGGAUUAUGAUUUCAAGUAAACAUUUUGUGUAUUUAUUUGUCUUUUGCUGGUCUCAUCACUUGCCAUCCAAAGCAGUUAACCAGAAGUCUAAAGAAGUGUGCAGGUUCCUGAAUCCUGAAAUUAAGGUAUGCAAUCUACUACAUCAGUUAUUACACUGUAAUAUGCACCUCAAACAGUGCUGUAUUUGCAAUCUGUUUCAAAAGUCAGUAUUUAAGAGUUGGAUAUGACACAAGUUAAGCAGAAACAUUUGGAUUUAUUAUUUGGUAUUUUUUGUCCUCCAAUUUCGAACAGCUGACAACACAAAUUUUCAUUCAGAGGGCAUAUUAAUAUUUCAAAUCUAUGCAUAUAGUGCUGUUUUAAAAAUACCUUUACAAAGGAUACUGUCUCUACUGAUAACCAGUGCUUAAUUUGUACCGGAACAAGCCGGAUCCGGCACCUCAUUUUACUGAUCCCCCUCCUCAUUGCAUGAACCCCCUCCGCAACUACAAUUACAACUUUGUCCGCAACUUUCCAACCCUCUUCACUUUCGUCUGUGACACCCCCAUAUCCCCCUAACACCCCCCCCCCCCUACCCCCCCCUCCUCUUCAUUUUUGUUUGUGACACCCCCCGUACCCCCACCCACCCGGAGAAUCACUUUCGUUCACAACACAUCUCUCCUUCCCCGCUCAUUACUUUCGUCCCAGACACCUCUCCCUCUCUGGUAACAUGCCAGACCUCGUGUUCUGGGACCUCGCAAUUUACAAAGUAAGCACUGCAUAUAUUUUACUGAUCCCCCUCCUCAUCACACAAACCCCCCUCUACAACUACAACUUUUUCCGUUACUCCCCAACCCUCUUCACUUUCGUCUGUGACACACCUACAUCCCCCCUCCCCCCCGCUCUUCAAUUUCGUUUGCGACACCUCUCCCUCCUCUGGUAACAUGCCAGAUCCGUUACUCUAAUCUGUUCCGGGACCUCGCAAUUUACGAAUUAAUUUCUGCUGAUAUUACACAAUUCCCUCUCCUAAUCGCACAAACCCCCUCCGCUACCACAACAUAACUUUUUCCGCGACUCCCAAACCCUCUUCACUUUCGUCUGCAACACACCUCCCCAUCCUAACCCAACACCUCCCCAUCCCCACUCUUCAAUUUCAUCCGUGAAACCUUCCUCUGGUAACAUGCCAGAUCCGUUACCCCGAUCUGUUCCGGAACCUCGCAAUUUACAAAUUAAGCACUGCUGAUAUUUUACCGAUACCCCUUCCCAUCGCACGAACCCCUGCCACAGCUACAACUACAACUUCCUCCGCGACUCCCAAACCCUAUUCACUUUCGUCUGCAAUACACCUCCCCAUCACAACCCACCCAACACCCCCACCCUCGCUCUUCAAUUUCAUCCGCGAAACCUCUCCUUCCUCUGGUAACAUGCCGGAUACGUUACCCUGAUCUGUUCCGGGACCUCGCAAUUUACAAAUUAAGCACUGGUAAUAAUGUUCUGAUCUUGCAUACAGUUGACGAGAAAAAAAAGAUACUGAAAUUUCAGCCAGAAACAUGCCUGUGAUGGAAUGGCGCUAAAACAUUUUGUUAAAUCCCAGAUUUAAAGGAAGCCAUGUUUUGAUCUUAACGAAUGUAAUCGUCUUUUAUGUAGCAUUUGUUUUUCUUUGGUUCCUCACUAUAACCCAUCAUACUGCUGUAUGGCUGUCUUUUAAGGGGAAUGUGCGCCCCACCAUCAUUUAGUGUGUUUUUUUUUUCUGUGUGUAUUUUCUGUGUGCAAAUCUGAACUGUCCUGAUUAUGUGUGGAAAUCUGAACUGUCUUGAUUGUGGAUGAUUAGUCUGUCCAGCAGCUGUUUGUUUUCUUUGUGUUCAUCUUAAAAUCUUUGUUAUUUCAAGCUUUGUUCAGAUAGCAUUUAUCAGCUUUUCUCAAAUGAGUUUCAGAUGCAACCACUGAAAGCAUCCUCAUUCUUUUGUUUUUGAUGAAUAUAUUUUAGAGACGAAUAAACUCUGUGUUGCCUUUUUAAAUG